AUGCUGCGAAACGUUGACUCAUUCUCCAGCCCCGCCCAAGUCUUUGGGAGACAGAUCGCUUUGUCUCUGCUCGUGGCGAAUAUUUGUGGCGAACUGAAGAGUCUUUCACACAGUGUCAAAUCUCGUGGCGGAUUCCUCUCAAGUGAUGUCUACGGGGGCUUGCAACAUGUUCUUGAAGUGGAAUCCUCCCCUAGAAGAAACCUUUUCUGGCAGCUGGCCUAA